AUGGCUGCCCGGCUGCCGGUCGCAGGAAAGUCAAGCUCUCAUAUUUGUAAUAAGCACUUCUUUGGCCUUUGUGAUAAGCCACCAGGGAGUAUUACUACCAUUUCACUGGUGAGGAAAACGCCACACAAAGGAACGGAAUGCUUGUGUAAAGGGCAGUGGGAGGAAAACAAGGCUAAGAAUUCAGAUCUCAUGGGCACCACUGUGGAAGAUAGAAAUCCUUUACUCUUUCUCUGCGUCAUCGAGAGACACUAUUUUUAUGAAGUAACGCAUUUGGUAAUUGCCAGGAGAAGACUAGACACAGACCCCAACACAGAGAUGGUUCAAACGUAUCCUCCUGUUUCCAGAGACCUGCCCAAGCCAGGAAUCCUGGGUAGAAGAAAGCGUUCCUGGAAACCAUGGAUGGUUGUCCUCACUACCACUGCUGUUCUGUUGGCUUUGGCACUACUCAUCGGUGUUCUCAUUUACUUUUUGGCGUAUGAUCAGAAGACUCAUUACUACAAGGCCUCCUUCUGGAUUCCCAGCAUCAGAUACAGCUCAGAUUUGUCCAAAGAGGAGUCAAAAAUUCAGACUGACCUGAAACAAAAAGUCAACAAUGAGAUGGAUGGGAUGUUUCAAAGAUCCAGUUUAAAGCAUCACUAUGUUAAAUGCCAAGUUGUCAACUUUUGGCCAAGUAAUGAUAGUUUGAAAGCAGACAUACUGAUUAAAUUUCAGUUUUUCGGUAACAAUGUGGGCACUUUGAAAAGACAAGCUGAAAGCAUUUUGGACAAGAAGUUGCAAUCCACAGACAGCUUCUUGAAGAGAGACAUUUCAUCACCUUAUCUUAGAGAAAUGAAUGCAGCACAAGCAGAGCAUAUUCUAAACAGCAAUUGCGGCUUGGGGAUGGAGUACCCACCCACGGCAAGAAUUGCUGAUGGCAAACCUGCAGACAAAGCUUCCUGGCCAUGGCAAAGCAGCCUGCAGGUGGACGGGAUUCACCUCUGUGGCGCUUCUCUCAUUGGCUCCCAGUGGCUCCUGACCUCUGCCCACUGCUUUGACAAUUACAAAAACCCCAAACUGUGGACAGUCAGCUUUGGAACAACCUUAAGCCGUCCACUGACGACUCGGAGGGUGGAAUCCAUCAUCAUUCACGAGAACUAUGCAGCGCACAAACACGAUGACGAUAUCGCUGUGGUCAAGCUCUCCAGCCCCAUCCAGUAUUCUGAAAAUGUACGCAGAGUCUGUCUCCCUGAUGCUACUUUUCAGGUCUUGCCAAAGAGCAAAGUGUUUGUCACUGGAUGGGGAGCACUGAAAGCGAAUGGCCCCUUUCCCAAUUCUCUACAAGAGGUUGAAAUAGAAAUCAUAAGUAAUGAUGUAUGCAACCAAGUUAAUGUAUAUGGCGGUGCUGUAUCAUCAGGAAUGAUAUGCGCUGGAUUCUUGACAGGAAAACUAGACGCCUGUGAGGGUGAUUCUGGGGGGCCUCUGGUUAUGUUACAUGAUAGCAGUAUCUGGUAUCUUCUCGGAAUUGUUAGUUGGGGAAUAGACUGUGGAAAAGAAAACAAGCCCGGAAUUUACACCAGAGUGACUCAUUAUAGGAACUGGAUUAAAUCUAAAACUAACAUCUAA